AUGAUCAUCGACGACGGAAAAAAGGAACCUUCGGAAUUUCUCUCUGUGAACAAUCCUUUAUCCCCGGAAUCAGGGAAGUUCAUAGAAGGAACGAAGGUGCGUGCAAAUGAUCGGCAUUUAUAACGAUGACGUUUUUAGUAGAGCCAAAUGGAUACUAACACGUUGUGUUAAUAAACUAAUGCUUGAGAUAUAUGGCUUACUUGAUGAAAAGGACGUGAACAGCCUUGUUCUACGCGUCGAAACUCAUUUGCUGCAAUUGGAGAAUACAAUUACUGACUGUUUUUUUCCACCGCCUACGAAAUGUGCGUACGUAGACAGUCAGGCCUUGGAAUGGUGGAGAGCGGAAAAAAAAAACAGAGAAGAUUCCAAAUUCAAUCGUUGCAAAUAUGAAGUCUAGGAAAUGUUUAAAAAUACAGCAAAAUGCAAGGAACAAGUAGGCGAGCAAACUAUAGAUGUGACACCACUCGCAAUAAAUGACAAGAGAAAGAUAACACUUUUCUGAGACUUAAACCGUUAUAAUGUCUUGCUAUCUGGUAAUUGAGAGCAAUUCGAAAUUUGCUAAUUAAAAAAAAUGACUCUUUUAUUUUCCUGCGUGGGAUUUUGAUUCUAUUUAAAGUUGCUUGCUGGGAAAAUAAUCGUUUUCAUUUAGGUUGGCUGGCAGUGAAGAUAAGCGCAGCAUUUUUUUUUUUUUUCCCACGAAGAUUAAUUGUUAACCAAAUAUCACACAAUGUUUCUUUAGAUACAAUAGAUUUUGCAAUUGACUUCGUCAAUAUUCGAUCAUGAUCGGUCUUAAACGAUAGUCGGUAAAUCAAGCAAGUAUGCAAAAAAGCAGUGCUUAUAACAUGCGAUAAAAUAUCUCAGUCUUUCAAGGAAAUGUGAUUUCAAAAGUCAAUGUGUGUUCCAUGGUAAUGUAGGCGUGGAAAUAAAACACAAUUCUGCUCAAAGAACUCAUGAGUGGGAGUAAUAACAUAAAGAAACAUGUCAGAUAUUGCUUAUUGGUAUAACAUGGCGAAGGAACUGAACUGAAAAGUUAAACGAAAGCGAAGUCUCUAGCUAAAAAAUUCAACAUCAAUUCUAUAUGUUCUAAACGGCUGCAAUACUUUCUAGACAGAAAUUUUAGUUUGUGUUGUAUUAAAGGUAAGCAUAUUGCAUCGCUCAGCAAUACAAAAAGACUAUCAUACGUGAUAAUGAAAACAGUGUAUUUGAGCUACAUUAUUUCAGACCUAGGUCUCACUCCUUCAAGUAAGUGUGAUUUCGAAAGUCAGUGUGUGUUCCAUUGUAAUGUAGUCGUGGAAACGAAACACAAUUCUACCCAAAAAACUCAUGAGUGGUAGUAAUAAUAUUACGGAAAAUUUCAGAUUAUGUGCUUCGAUAGCACACAUAUCUGUUACUGAUAUCACAAGGCGAAGGAACUGAACUGAAAAGUGAAACGAAAGCGAAAACUCCAGCUAAAAAUUCAAUAUUAAUUCUAUGUAUGCUAAAUGGCUGCAAUACAUUUUUACAAAGAAAUUCUACUUUGUGUUUUAACCUCCGCCCAUCAUAGUUUUUAAGGAGUACGAGAAAGUGUAAAAACUGAGUAUCUACAAUUGAAGUCACAUUCAAGUUCUUGAACUGUACUAGGUCUAUUUUUUUUCUGUUGCAAGGGCUAUAAAGUCUGAAUUGCAAGAUGUUUCGUGCGAUCAUCCUAUUGAUAAAAUAAUGAAUUUAGCCACACCAAGGUAUGCAAAUUACACCCGACCCACCAGCUACGCUUGACUCCACUAAGAACGUAUAUCACUUAAACUAACUGUACAUGACUACAUCAAACUUUUCCAGACUUAAAUAAAACAGGUAACUACUUAAAACCACAGACUAUAUUAGCUCAAUCAAUUAGCACUAAACUACUCAACAUUACAUCAACUCUUAUGUAAAAUUGAUGUAUCCGGCGUCGAGAAUGAAAGUUGAUUGCUUCCCUACAUACUUUGAUCAAAUUUUUCGUAGCUAGAGAGAAUUUUUUUGUAAAGCCGAUUGCAAUUGCGUUUCCUUUCCUUUUUUGGGAGUGUAAAAAAGUCUUGAGCGCGUUUAAAGGUUAUAUUUUGAGCCACAUUCUUUUUCAAGCUUUCCCGUCUAUCGAGUAAAAUGCAUCUUUCCUCAUCGGUGCGACUUUCCACGGAUCGCAUGCACAGUCUCUUCUGAAAUCACAAAAAAGCCAUAAAAUAAAGCAAGUAAGGAUAGGCAAAGAAAUUGCUCCUUAAUCUGACACUUGACACGACUCGCCAAGUUGUUCAGUUCUGGUGGCUUUGCUGAGUGCAUUUAAAAUUCCACCUUCGUUUCAUAAUUCAUACUUGUGGAAACCUGUAUUACUUUCUGUGAUCCAAACGGAGACAAAAUAACCACUCUCUCGUUCUUAGGUGAAAGGAAGUGGCCCUAGAGGAGAGGAGAGAGUAAGCAAAGGCCAAAAUCAAACGAUGACUGACAAGGAAGAAGCAGAAGGCGAUUUGAAGAAACAGCUCAAAAUUUUAAAGCGCUAUUAUCCUAAAACUUUAGGAGAAGCCGAAAAGAAAAUAAGUCUUUCAUUGAAGAAUGGCAAAACAGGAAAUAACCCUACGAGAGGCCAUCAUGUUAUCAACAAAGGAGUCAUUUCUCUUAACAAAGAUAUAUUUGAGACCCUUUUAAGGAAGCUUGGGGUAGAAAAAGAUAAAAAUAUCGAUACCCUAAUCAACGUUUUGCGGCCGACCUAUCCAUUGACUAAUAUUAAGGAAAAAAUUAACACAAUGAUUGUGAAAAAGGCGAAGGAGGACAACCAUGACAAGAACGCUCAGGAGUUUGGUUGCGCCAAAGUAGUAUUGUUAGCUUGUGUUCAUUGUGUAAUGCUAGAUAUCCAUAUAAGCCUCACACUCAGAAAAAAGAAGCCUGAGAAUUUUAAUGACAAAUUAACAGACCUGAAUACUAUAAUUACUAACAUCUUAAUUGAAAAGAACACGUAUGGUGUGUACGUAGACUCUGACAUUUUGCCAUUGUGGACUAGGAACAAAAAUUCAAAAAAGGACUUCCGAGAUUGUAAAAAAUCAGUUGAGGAUUUUUUAAGAAACAUAGCAGGUAAUUUUAAACUUGUGAUUCAUUGGGCACAAUGGAUCUCUCAUAUCGUAAAAGAGGCAGAGUUAGACAAUAACCUCAUUAAAAAUUUAGUUGCCUAACUCGAAAUAUUAAGACACAUUUUCCAGUAUUGCUGCUUAUGAGAAUAUGAGUAAAUAUUUAUUGCAUUUUUCGCGUCCUGAAAUUGCAGGUUAAAUGAUUUAAUGGUGGUCGUUAUGUUGCUCUACCAUGUUCAAUCUUGCAAGGCUUUAACUUUCUUUGAUAGUAAAUAACCUCUUUACCCUGGCUUUUAGUAAAAUAAUAGAAUGUGAUAUGUUGUGUCGCAG